AUGGAGACGUCCGGUUCCUGUUUCUCCAACAGCGAGCCAAUGGACUCCGACAACGACUACACCGUCGUGGAGGGCAAGCGACUGAAGAGAAAAUACCGCAAGACAACCAAAGACGUGAGUGAGCAGGGCCCAACGCCUACUCCGCCUACUCCGAUUUACAGGAUUGCCUUGGUGCCGCUCGACCUUUCUAAGAAUUUAAAUUCUGUGCACAGACAGAUUCUUAACACCUACCUUGGUAAUGUGGCUCCGAAAGGAAUUAACGAAGUGCGUUUCAACACCAAGAAAAAUGUAGUCACAGUGGAAGUAGCGACGCAGGCCGCCCGAGAAAAAUUGAAAACCGUGUGCAUACUAGGACACAUAGAAGUCCGGUCGUUCGUCGUGCACAGUGGUCGCACUAGGGCAGGUGUUAUCUCCGAUGUCGUGAUUGACAUCAGCGACGAAGAGCUACAAAGGCUUCCGUCUUCAACAGUGAAGGUCAUCGACUUUCACCGCUUCGGUCGCUCGACGAGUGUCAAGCUUCUUUUUGAGGGAGACACGCUACCUGAUCAUGUCAAGGUGGGCUACGUGAGACACCCGGUGCGUCCUUAUGUGCCCCGAUCAUUGCAAUGUGACAAGUGCCUAAAGCUAGGCCAUGUCAGCGCUGUCGGCGCAGGCCAGACGGCAUGCCUCCGCUGUGCCGGCAGCCAUGACGUAUCUUCAUGCACAGUAAGACAAACGAAGUACUCGAAUUGCGACGGACCCCACGAGGCCGAUUCCAAGGAUUGUCCUAAACAGAAAAAGGAGAAAAAAAAUACUGCACCAAAUGAGCAAGACAAGUAUGUCCCACGAGGAGGCGGCAGCGUCAGUGCAACACCGAAGGAGACGAACGCGUCGUCGGCGUGGACAAGCUGUAGGUCCAGACGAGAGCUUCCUGGCUCCAAUUCCGCAGGUCCAGCAGAAGGUAAUUGA